AGCCGGAAUAAAUAAAAAAAAAAAACAUUGCGCGGACGGGUUGAGUGCUAUUCUCCCGUUGCCGGUAUUUUAAUUUUUAACUUCGGGUGUUGUGAUUUGGAAAUCAUGGAAACUAUAUUGUUACCAUCACCGAACUGGUUUCACGUUGCAAUACUAGCGGUUAGUAAGGAUGGGUGGGUCGUAUAUGGAGGACCAAAUAAAAGUCUUUGUGUUUUGGAACCUCUACAAAAGAAUAAGGAUUUAACAAUAGAUGAUGACCAAUGUUACAAAGCUCACGUUGUCCUCAAAGCGCAUCCAGAGAAGAUUGUCAGUGUAGAUAUAUCUCCUGACUGGGCCCGGAAAAGAUGUUUUAUUGCUGGCAGUACAGAUGGAAGUGUCAAACAAUGGGCUCUAGAAGGUUCAGGCAAGGAUAUCAAAGUCAAGCCUGUACAGAGCCAUGAUUUUCACUAUCUUGAGAAGGAGGAUGUUGCGGGAGUUGGCUACAGCUUGGGAUCAUUUGCAAUAACCGUUGGUAGCUAUGGUAAUAUUGUUAAAUGGGAUCUGCAAUCCAAUGUGGUGAAGUCAAACGCCCACUUUCUGAAAAACUUUAGGCCAGUCUGCAUGGCGUGUUCCCCACAUGUGCCUUUAUGUGCGGCCGUGGGGACAAAACAGGGCGUCAUAUUUGUGCUAGACUUCAGCGGUCCUGGUAAAGUAAUGUAUAAGGUACGUGGCCAAGAUGAAGAAAUAGUCAACAUUAGUUGGUGUCCAAUGCUCAAGGUUACUAUUAAGAAAACAUAUAAAGAAUCUCCAGGUGAAGAUACAUUGAGCUUCACAAGUGAUUUUGACACAACUGAUAUUGAAGUUGCUGAUAAAGUAGAUAAUGUUGAAAACAAAGGCGCACAAUCAGUAGCAGCUGCAAAUCCUCUAGAAGCAUCUGGAGUAAUAAAGAACCUUCCAGAUGAUAGCUUUGAUGAUGCUGUUGUGGUGGAAGAGGACUUGUUUGAUAAGUACAAGGAUCAUGAGGCAGAUGAGUUUGGACACAAGAAAUACGAACCAGAAGAAAUUGUAGUUAAAAUAAAAGAGAAAGCUCCAGAAGGAGACUACUUAUCUGAAUGUUUGAAGCUGAAAGAAGAUAUAUUGCAGAAAAAGAAACAAGAAGAACAAACAAUACAUUCUUUGGUUGAGGCUAUGGAUAAAACGCAUGUAGAUAGUGAGAAGGAACCUGGCACAUCCAAGAGUAAAGUGACACAAGUUCGUAAAUCUCAGACAGUGUGGAAAACAACCACUUUUGGGCACAAACAUAUGCUGGCUUCAGUUGGUAAAUUUGGGGGAGUACGGAUUUGGUCAAGGACUGGUAAAUUAGUAGCAAAUUGUGCGGUGCCAGUGAACUCUAGCAAGGCUCACAGGAGCAAGGCGCCGAACUGGCCCACGCUGCUGUGGUACAAACCUAACUGCCUUCUAGUAGCUGACGGGAAAAGCGAUCUGUUGGAAAUCAAUCCUCUUGUUAUUGAUGCUAAAAACAAGUUAGAAUGGAAACAUGUGCAUUCCUUGCACAAACGUGGGCUGUAUUGCAUAGCAUCGCAGGCGCCUCGAAUCCAGGGGCCGACGGAAGCCCACUGGCCAGUGUGGACCGUGUCCCAGGACAGGAAUCUUAUAAAGUUCGACAUGAAAACUAAAAAUCCGAUUGCUACGUACGGAUCUUGUGGCGGGUACAUCUAUAAGAUAGAGGCGUGCCCGUAUGACGCUGGCAAAAUUGCGGUGAGCGUCGGCGACGGUGCGGUGCGAGUGUGGCAGACGGACACGCUGGAGAACGACGACUCCAAGCUCGGCCCCGGCAAGCUCACCACACACUGGCAGAACGUGCAGGGCAAGGUGCUCAAACUCGCCUGGCAUCCAAUCAGGGAGAACAUGCUGGCGUUCUCCACUGCUGAAGCUAGGGUGGGUAUCAUCGACACGAGCGGUAAGAACGAGAAGCCGGCGAAGGCGCUGCUGCCCGCGCUGCGCGGCGGCGUCUACUCGCUGUGCUGGGGCGACGGCUUCAACCUCUACGCCUGCGGGGGCGGCGAGCUCGUCAUCUACCAGGCCGACAAGAAGGACCAGUUCCCGACGCACGUGAACGUGGUGGUGGAGGGCCAGCGGUGGGACCUGAGCGAGGUGCAGUGGCGCGCGCGCGGGCUGGUGGUGGGCAGCGGCACGGGCGCCGUGGCCGUGCUGUCCGCCGCCACGCCGCACACACUGCUCGCCGUCGCCUUCCCCUUCACUAAAAUGAUCUACACGAUCGACUGGCACCCGCAGCAAAUAUCCACUUCUAACGAGGAGUCGCCGUUCAAGAAUCUCAUCGCUGUGUGUUCCCUAGACAAGCAGGGGGAUAUUGUCAUUUUGGAAUUUUGUGACAAUGAAGCAGAUACGAAAGAGUUGAAGAAGUUGAAGACGCUGUCGGCCCACAAGGCGCCCGUGCACGACAUCACCUGGAGCCCACACCGCGACGCGCAGCUGCUGUCCUCGUCGGCUGACGGCACUUAUAAGGUGUGGGAUGUGGCCGAGGGCGUGGUGUCGCACGUGCUGGUGGGUCCGUGCGCGUCGGCGCUGUGCGCCACGUGGAGUUCGUUCCCGGCGCAGGCGCACGCCGUGCUCACCGGCGGCAGCGACUACUCGCUGCGGCUCUGGGACAUUCGCAACUACCCCGCUGAGGCAUUCGACGAUUCCCAAUACCCUCAACUGCUUCUAAAGAAAGACAAAAAGAAGCUGAAAGAUAAGCGAGAAAUGAGGAAGAAAGAAGAGUACAUAGUAGAGCCAGAGGAGCAGAUCGCCGCCACGCUAGACACGAAAGUGAAGUCUUCCAGGAAAUAUUUGCUUCCAACCAUUUCCAGGCAAAUGAACAAUGGAAAGAUUGACGGGGCGCGGCGGGUGUUCAAGAACUACAUGGCCAAGCAAGAGGGACGCGUGUACGUGCCAGGGGCCCACGAUAAACAAGAAUACGACUUGGAAUAUUUAAAAAUAUUUGGCAGUAUGAAAGACGUCAACGAUGUGUUGGAUAAUGAGAUGGAACGUCACUUGGAGACAGGCAACCUCGAGCCGUGGAUCAUCCUUUCUAUAUUCCGCGGCCACAUCGAGGACAUGAUCCAGUUCGCGAGCCAGCGCGACAUGCUGUGCCCUUAUCUGCUCAGCAUAGCGCCCUGUGUCUCAUUCAAGUAUUGGAAGGACGCCACACAGCUAUAUCUGACUCAAAUAGACCGUCUGGUAGCCAGAGGCGAAGAAGAGAGGCUUAGUGAGAACCGUACGUACGGCGGUCCUGUGUUCCGCAAGGUGGCGACGCUGCUGAGCGUGCACGACGUGCGCGGCGCGGUGGCCGCGCUCAUGGACGCGCGCCUCUACCGCGAGGCCUAUCUGCUCUGCAGGAUCAGAUUCAUGGACAGUAUCGCUGAAGAGACGCUACAGCAGUGGGCAGAAGCAGUUGACUAUGCAGGAAAUACCAUUCAGGCAGCUGUUUGUUACCUGGUGCUUGGAAAUUUAAAACAGGCGGUAAUAACUCUCAGCAAGACAAACAUCCCAGAUUGUUUAGCCCUAGCAGCCGACUUAGCUAAAGUGACCGGCCAGACCCUGUUUGCAGACCACAUUGAGAAGAAAGUGCAAAUUGAGAAACUUCAAAUAAGUGCAAAUUCAGGAACCGAUGAUACCACUGAGGACACACUGCAAGAGUUGCCAUUAAGGGUUGAACUAUUCUUGGUUGCUGGCAAUAAUGAGGGUGACAGUGAAUCUGUCACUAAUGAGGACUCCGGUCUUGAUGAAUAGGCGACAUCCACUCUAACAAUGUUUCGCCUGUUAUAAUUAAACAUUUUAAUGUAAUCCCACCACUGUAUUACAUAAAAAUGCAUUUACUAUAUGUUAGAUAUGUUUUCAAAGAUAAUUCUACUAUUAGUACUAUAAAUCAGUAUUGGAUGUGUAGUUUACUACUGUUGCAUCACAUCUUCGUGUAUUGUUGGGUUUAUUUUCCUGAAACUCGCAAUAAUUAUUUUGCAACUGGAAUAUUGCUUUUGCCUUAUUGGAUGAAGUGGUAAUUGUGGGUGUAAUCGUAAGUCUAGAUAAAAAUGAAUGAAAGACUGUUUUUAUUUUUUAUAUCUUUGGAAGAUCGUAAAGAUCGAAGGGCAUAUUUUGGCCCGAACUUUUUAAGUAUAACUGAAGUUACCUUUGAUUGUUUUUGAUCUGUAUUGAGCUUACUAUUAAGUUGUAGUUUCUUCGAAAGUUUAAAGUAUAUCCAUUAUAUUGUAGUAGAAGGAAACUUUGUAAUAUUAUAUCUGUAUGUGGUUAUAACAUUUUUGAAAUUAGUAUUCUCCAUUUCAUAUGUGUCUAUAUUAAUGGCUAAAGGCCACAUAACAAUAAUUACAGUAACAGGUAUUUUCUUAUACUAUAUUAUUGUACCUCUCUUGUAUGUUGCAUGAACAUUUGUCGAUAUCCGUCUUUGUAGUAAUAAAUAUAAGACAGUGUAAUUAUCUCCCAGUUCCAUUCGAAUUACGUAGGAAUUCUUUCAAUAUAAUGGCUGUAAUAGGCUUUACUUAGGUACUAUUAUGCUUUUAAAGUGAUUUGUAUAAGUUGGAACGUCAGUGGUAUAAGUUGAUAUUGUUAAUUUCUUUUUUAAGUGUCACUGGUAAUUGUUGGUUGUGUUUAUUAUGUGGCGCCAAAACAGUGAAUAUCAAUUAAAAAUUGUGUUCAUGUUAUGUUCCUCAUUUACUCAAUUAAGUUAUUUACUGUUUAAAUAUUGAUGUUAUUAUCGUCAAUCUAGAUGUGUCUGGGACAUAAUAAAACAAUUAUGAAAAAUCAAA